CUCGUUUAUAUGAACAUAAACCACCGCAAAACGAAUUAAAGCCGAUUUGCGUCAGAUUCACAGUGAGAGAGAGAUUGGGUUGUUGGUUGGGUAUGGCAACAGAGAAUGAGGCGGUGGACUUGUUGUACAUGUUACCCGAAGAGUGCAUCUCCAGCGUGAUGUCGUUCACGAGUCCACCGGACGCGUGCAGGUCGUCAUCGGUUUCCACGAUCUUCAGGUCGGUCGCCGAAUCCGACGCCGUCUGGGGAAGCUUUCUUCCACCCCAGUACCAGAGCAUAAUCUCCCGCUCCGCUGAUUCGUCUUCGCUCUGUUUUUCUUCGAAGAAGGAGCUCUAUCUCCGUCUCUGCGAUCAUCCCCUCCUCAUCGACGACGGCAGGAAGAGCUUUUGGUUGGAGAAAAGGAGCGGGAAGAUAUGCUACAUGCUAUCUCCAAAGGACCUCGCCAUUGCCUGGAUGGAUACUCCCAAGUACUGGACAUGGACUUCUUUGCCCGAGGCCAGGUUCCCGGAGGUGGCGGAGCUAAUCCACGUGUGUUGGCUGGAAAUUCGUGGGAAGAUAAAUACUUGUAUGCUGUCUCCAGCCACACUGUAUACAGCUUGCCUAGUGUUCAAGAUAGCUACAGGGUCUUUUGGAUUUGAAUACCAACCUAUCGAGGUCGCGGUCGGAGUUGCAGGAAGUGAAGGGCAUAAGAGGAGUGUCUAUUUGGAUGCGGAAAGACAACGGAGGCCGCAUCACCGGAUUGUGCCACGGCGACGGCGAGUUAGGCUUUUUAACCACAGCCGCAUCAUGUACCAAGCGCCUCGGCCUAGAGAGGAGGAUGCAUGUGGCGAGUGUCCAAAGAAGAGAGGAGAUGGAUGGCUGGAGAUCGAGCUGGGUGAGUUCUUCAAUGGAGGAGAAGAUGAUAGGGAAGUGGAAAUGAGUGUGUUGGAGGUCAAUGGGAACUGGAAGGGCGGCCUCAUUGUUCAAGGGAUUGAGAUCAGGCCAAAAGAGUGAGAGUGCUGCAUUUCUUUCAGAUUGCAGUGGGCAUCGAGGGAUUUGUGUGUGUUUGUUUUUCCCCAAGCUUUUUCUUUUAUAGUUUUGCAAGAUUACAUAGUAAAAUAUUUAUGUUA